AUGAGAAUAGUCGACCAAAAUUGGCAAAAACCCCGGAAAGGUGCAGCGCCAGCUCUCAAAAAGUUUGCGUCAGAGGCUCAAGAGACUAAAACUGCCAUCCGGUCAGACUCCCUCAACAUCGUGACCCUUUACGGAGUAUUUAUACAGACAGGCACCGGCACACACAUUAGGAGCAGCCUUGCAAGGCUGAUUGCUAUAGAUUCUUCGAAGCGGAUCAUUUAUAAUUCUGUGUUCCUUCCCUACGCCCCCAUAACGGACUAUAGAACCCCGGAAACAUCCUUAACAGCAGCAGACUUUGAAGGAGCUAUAUCCAUUGCCGACGUGCGCAGCGAAGUACGGAAGUUCCUGGUCAACAAAGUCCUCGGAUUCAACACGCAAAAAAUUCUCAACCAACUUGGGGUGCACGUCCCUUCCCGACGAAUACUAGAUUUAAAUCACAGCUACUACGGCUCUGUGUCUUACGUAAAGGGAAUGACAGGACUUGAUGCCAUCUUACGCUCGUUUGGGGGUACAAAAUACAGUGUUAAUCCAAUAGAAAAAGUAAGAUUGAUCUAUGAAUUGUAUCUCAAAAGAAAAAACAGCUGGUAUAGUGAUUUGGCUACCUACUACAAAGUCGUGCAAGGUAAGGUAGAUCCAUCUAGCGUCUUGGACAUGCCAAGUGCUCCCCUAACAACAGGCGAAAACGACCAGGAGAACGAUCAAGAUCGUGAGCUGUUAGCUGAAAGCGGUAAUGCAUCAGGCUAUUCAUACAGCAGCGACUACAGUUACAGUACAAGUAGUGAUGCGUGA